AUGUAUGUGAACGAAACUUCAAGAGAAAUUAAACCGGACUCUAGACCAUUGGCGCAGCAGUAUAUGUAUCUGCUGGCCGGGGUGGGAGAAGAAGCAGGGCAAACGGGGGUUCCGGUGUGGCAGCUGGGGUUGGGCGGCGAACGGCUAUGGGCCGACAUGAACCGCCUGCUCUCCUUCCUCUUCCAUCAACAAGUCCUCGACGAGCAGUUCCUGCAACUUCACCGACUCCAAGACCACUCCUCUCCCUACUUCGUCUCCGAAGUUUUCUCCAUCUAUUUCCGCGAGUCCGAGAGACUCCUCUCCUCUCUUCGAUCUCUCCUAAUGGAUAAGGAGUCAUCAGACUUGAAGAAAAUGGGAAUCCAUUUGAAUCAGUUGAUGGGUAGCAGUUCCAGCAUCGGUGCCAAGAGAAUCAGAAACGUCUGUGUUGCAUUCCGCGCUUCUAUUCGCCUCAACAAUCGCCCUGGAUGCUUGAGAGCUUUGGAGAUGCUGGAGCAGGAGUAUUGCUAUCUCAAGAACAAGCUACACGAGUUAUUCCGAAUGGAGCAGCAACGCGUUUUGGCAGCAGGAGUGAGAUACCCAGCAGCAGGAAGCAGAGCGGUGACCAACUUUGUACUUGGUGAUAGUGGGAAUAGGAAAAAGAAGAGGGGUCGAGUAUCUGGCAUUUGGAUUCUGAUGUACGAAUGCGUGGUGGCGUCGUCUUCUUCUUCAUCGCUGGCUCACUUUUUGAAUGAAACAGAAUCAAAUCUUGUCGAAGUUGUAGUUCGUACCUGCCAGUGCCUUUGA